UGUCUUGUUGGUUCACUGAGCAUCUACUUAAUACUAAGUUGCAUGUUUGAAAGCAAGAAAAGCACACUUGCACCACGCUUAAGUACUGAACAAUCUGAAAUCUCAAUUUUGACGAAACUCUUCAGGCCAAAUGUUUCUUGUCAAGGAGCUGAACACUUAAAGAAAUUUGUGCCAUAUGAAAUGGAUAACAUACUAGAACGCAGAGCGAAUGAAUACAAGCAAUAUCAACUCAGGAGGAAGACAAACGCAGAUAUUAUUAUUGCCCCAGCCAACUCUCCUCUCCAAUAUCCAAUCACAGGUUUCAGGGUAGCUCCUCUGAAGACAAGUUUGAUACCAGGUCUUGCUCUUCAAACACAAGGGAGAGGUUUAACAAACAAGAGGGAGGUGUACAAGGUGUCUUUGAGUGUGAAGAGUGGAGUGCUCUCAGUGGAGGAUCUUCUGGAUGGAGAUCAGGUGGAGGGACAGGGUCAGAGUGAACUGACCAUCUCAUCCAGCAACCUCACACACCUCAAUGAUCUGCUGUCCAGAGUGACCUACACCAGCACCAUCUACCACAUCAGAACAUCAGACCUGGUUUUUUUUACUUUUGGGGAUCACAAGGCCAUAUUUCCAAUCAUGAUCAGGAGACCGUCAGUUCCUGUUUUGUAUGACCCAGGAAAAGAUAUCAACUCACAAGUGACCAUAAUAACCAAGACCUUUCUGAGGUAUAAGGAGCUGAGUGUCCUCAUCCAGAGUAUCAGGAAAUUUUACCCAAAGAUCAAGAUCAUUGUUGCGGAUGACAGCCUGAAACCUGAAAAUGUGUCUGGAAACAACAUUGAGCAUUACAUCAUGCCUCCUGCACAGGGCUGGUUUGCAGGCAGAAAUCUGGCUGUAUCUCAACUCACAACUAAAUACUUCCUGUGGGUUGAUGACGACUUUGAGUUCUUGAGUGAGACACGGAUCGAGAGAUUUGUGGAGAUUAUGGAAGCACUUCCAGAUCUAGAUGUUCUUGGUGGUGAGGUUUCGGGGGACCAGUUCUACUUUGUUCUGCAGUAUGACGAGGGAGAUGAGAAUGACGGCGGCUGCCUAAGACGUAUUAGAGAGUUUCAUCAACCACUUCCAGGUUAUGAUGGCUGCUUUCUAGUGGAUGGUGUUGUUAAUUAUUUCUUGGCUAGGACUGAUGCUGUACGAAGGGUUGGCUUUGAUCCGUUCCUCAAAAGAGUCGCUCACACCGAGUUCUUCAUUGAUGGAGUUGGCAAGCUGAUGGUUGCUUCGUGUAAAGGCCUUUCUGUUGGUCACCAGACACAUCGAGCACAGGAUGAAUAUGACAUUUAUAGGAAUCAAAGAAAAUCUGAUGAAAGGCGAAAACUGGCUCACCAUUUCUUUAAGAACUAUCUUAACUACAUCAAGUACUGAUUAGUAAUAAUUAGUAAUUAUUUUUUAAAACAAUCAAAUCUGAUUAUCGAUUAUUCACAAAACAUCUGCCAGCUACGU